CGAGAGAGGGAGGUAUCAUUCUAGAAUCUACGAGCAAAGAGCAAGGAAUCCCCAAUUCAGACCCCUUCUUCUUCUUCUUCGUAAUCCAUAUCAACACCUUCUGAAUCAAAAAUUGGAUUGAAAUGGAAGCAAAUCAGACAGUAAUGGAGCACAACGCCUGUGGGAUGAUAUCUUGCGACAAGAUUGAUCGGAUGGCUAAUUGGAUUGGGAACAGCGUCGCCUCCGCCUUUUUCACCUCACUCGAACGCUGUUCUUGCAUCAAUCUCAGCACCUCUCACGAUGAAUUUGAUGAAGGAGAUGAUGAUGAAGAGGCUAAAGAUCGUCCGCUUAUACUCACCAAACCUGUCAUCUUCCUUGAUGGUUCUCAUCAUGAACCCGAUGCUGAUAAGCUUCCCCCUGUGUAAAGUUUACAAAUACACAUGCACUUGUAUCUAACUAUGCUUCACUAAAAACUUUCAUUUUGUGAAUUUCAUUUCAUUUUGAUGCAGUCUUGAUAAUAUGAGUUUGUUUUUCAUUA